AAACACUCUCUCCUGUCUGAUCUCUCUAUACACGACCAUGAUCUCUCUCACCGGAGAACCUUAGCUUCUUUCUCUUUCAAAAGCUCUUUAAUUCCCAUUUCCUCUUACACAAAACUGAAGAAAACAUAAUGUGUUUGAAUCUCGAGGAGAUCAAGACAAAGAAGAAGUUGACUUUUAUUGGACUUGGAUUGGGACAGAUCAUAUCCCUUCUCUGUACUUGUAAUGUCUUUACAUCUUCCGAGCUCGCCAGAAAAGGAAUUAAUGUUCCAACAACACAAUCUUUCCUCACUUAUACGCUACUGGCAAUCGUCUAUGGAGGUAUCAUGCUAUAUAAAAGACCCACAAUUAAGGGCAAGUGGUAUCACUAUUUCUUCCUUGCCUUAGCUGAUGUGGAGGGGAACUUUCUUGUGGUGAAGGCUAAUCAGUACACAUCGAUGACGAGUGUGAUGCUACUGGACUGCUGGGCGAUCCCUUGCGUUUUGGUGCUGACUUGGGUUUUCCUGAAAACAAGAUACAGAUUGAUGAAGAUUAGUGGUGUGGUUGUAUGUAUCCUUGGUGUUAUCAUGGUAGUCUUCUCUGACGUUCACGCAGGGAGUCGACCAGGAGGAAGUAAUCCUGUUAAAGGAGAUAUUCUUGUGGUAGCUGGAGCAACCUUAUAUGCUGUCAGUAAUACCACCGAGGAGUUCCUUGUGAAGAAUGCAAACACAGUUGAGCUUAUGACCUUCAUGGGAUUUUUCGGCGCAAUCAUUAGUGCCAUUCAGAUAUGCAUAUUUGAACGCGGUGAGCUCAGAGCUAUUGAUUGGUCUGCUGAGUCUGCUUUUCUUUUUCUUCGAUUCGCAGUCUCGAUGUUUCUCUUCUACUCAUUACUCCCGGUUUUACUCAAGACUAGUGGUUCAGCAAUGUUCACCCUCUCGUUACUCACAUCAGACAUGUGGGCUGUUUUGAUCCGCAUUUUCGCUUAUCAUGAGAAGGUUGAUUGGCUAUACUACUUGGCAUUUGCUACUACAGCUAUUGGACUGAUCAUAUACUCAGUGAAGGAGAAAGAUGAGGAGGACCAAGAAGAUGAGCAGAGAAAGUUGUUGGAUGAAGAAGGUCGAGUCAGUCCUAUAGCUACUUCCACCGGAGAAUCCUAACCAGAGAAUUCCUUCUUCUGUAUCUCAUUGACUUAUUGGCUUGAAAAGUUUAUAAGAAACUUUUGUAAUUUAUAACAAAAAUUGGCAACUGUAAAGAGAAAAAAGAAGAGCUUCAU